AGUCUGAUUUGCUUAUUGUCGCUUGCGGCGUGCGGAGCCCUGAGUUGGGUGGUGCUGCAACAGAACGAGCGGUUCUCCCAAAUCGAGGAGAAGUACAAAUCUCUACACGGGAAGACUUCGGGUCUGUUCGACAUGGAGGAAGAAGUUCUCAGAGUUUCUAGAAAGCUUGCCGCCUCUGAGGAUGACCUACGGCAGGCGCUCUCCACCGUCUCCUUGGCAACAGGACUCCAGCAGGACAUCUCCACCCUCCACGCCGCCGUCAUGGCGAUGCAGGCCGACGAGAGCUCCGCCUCCCGUGACCUGCAGAUGGUCAACGCCCACUUCCUCAAUGUGACGGAGACGUGGCAGGAGCGUCUGGCGGCCAUCACCUCCGACCUGGCUGCCCUCAAGGCCGAGUCACGGGAAGCUCACGCCGGAGCCACCGACCGGGUGAACGAGGCAGAGCGGAGGGCCCGGUCGCUGGCAGAGAAGCUGGAGGAGCUUGAGGACAGCACGAAGAGGAACGCCCGAGCUCUGGAGCGCGCAGAGGAGGACGACACCAAACGAGCGCAGGAUCAGCUGGACUGGAACACCAAGCAGAUCCACAAGCUGGAGGAGCAAUACAACAGCCUGACCAAGAGGGAGACUGAACUCAGCUCCCAGCUCCGGGAGCACAUUCCCAGGGCACAGGAGUGUGAAGAGUACCUGCCGCAGGUGGAGGAGGCGGUGCGCGGCAUCCUGAGGCUCGGCGGGGAUCUGAGCGGGGCGGAGAAGAGGCUGGAGGAGUUGACAUUGCAGGUGUUUGGGACUGAGGACAGCAUGCUGAAAGCGCUGAACGAAAUCCUCGACAUGAGACAGGAGCUGGACACCAUGCAGGCUCAAAACAGCAUCCUGAAGAUGAAGAAUGAGCUGUCUGUGGUUAAAGAGGCGGUCCGUGAACUCACCAUGGUGUUAAGGGAAAAUAGGGGUGACAGCCAAAAGGACCCAGACACUCUGGAAGAAGGAGAAGGAUGGAAAGAGGAAGAGGAGGAGGAGGAGUGGGAAAAAGAUGACCAGGAUGAAGCAAAUCAACCUCUUCAUGAUGGACUCACUGAAUGAUGUCAUUGUUUUUAUUUCGCUAGGGAAAAGGAGCGGCCCUGUUUUACUGUUUGUUGUAAAAGGCUUUUAAAGUUCAGUAUUAAUUUUUUGUAAAAUGUGCAGCUCAGUUUAUUUUCAGAAAAUUGUGACUGUCAUUGUGUCAAAGUAACCUAAUUUCAACAUGAAUUCAGGCAUACGUGCACUGAUAUACACAGGUACAAUCAGAAAUAUGUUUUAGUGGUUUGGUUCAUGCAGAAUGACGCAUUUAGGUUUCCACAGCACUGAUACAACACAUUACGAUAUCUUUGACAGUCUUUCUGGAUGUAACUAUAUUGGCGGUGAAACAAUCAGUUGAUUGACAGAAAAAUAACUUAAAAAAAUAACUUAAUUAAUCGUUUCAAUAACUUUCUAAGCACAAUUGCCAAAUAUUUACUAUUUCCAGGUAUUGAUUUGUGGAUUAGCUGUUUCCCUUUGUCUUAUUUGAUAGUAACUGAAUAUUUUUAGGGGUUUGAAAUGUUUGACUGUUCAGGGAAAAACAAGCAACUUGAUCACAUUAUUAUCUCGUGCGUUUGGAAAUUUUGAUGAGAAUGUGUCUUAGUUUUUUACAUUAGAUUUGGAGCAGAAAUAGAUUUUGUAGAUGUAUAAUAAAUCUUUAUAUUUAUGUUGACUGUUACAUUUCCAUCUGAUUUUAGUUUCACCUGUUUAAAGAGUGGCAGUUUUUCAUCACUUGGCUUAUUUAAUAAAACCACAUUUUUUGUGUAAGGGUCUUAUUUGUGCAAAUUUGUUCUCUUAACUGUGAUUUUACUUUGAUUUUGAUUCUUCUCCUUACUACAUAAAAAGGAAAACAUCCCUGAGAUAAUGUCAGUGAAUA